UAAGCAUUAGUCUCCGCCCAUCUGGAAGCAGCACGAUAGAUGUUUGGAGGCGAAUCGCUGGCAGCUAUUUUUAUUGGCUUGGCACGUUGUCUGUCGAUAAAGUACUUGGCAACUGUCUCCUCAAGCAAAGGACGGUGCUGGGGAUGCGACGUAGGAGCAGGCACAAAAUGGUCUGUAAAGACUCCUAACCAUACUGCAUCUGAGGUGAAUGCUGUGGGGACCAGCCUGGAUCAGAGCAGCAUACAAGUGAUGUGAACAUUGCUGUGUAAUAUCUGGGAAGUGCAGAUAACCUCCUAAGAUUACAGCCAUGCUAAGGGAUACCAUGAAGUCUUGGAACGAGAGCUCUGACGUUUAUAGCAGUGACCAAGAAGAGGAGGAAGAGGAGGAGGAAAUGAUUUUUGGGGAAAAUGAUGAGGACCUUGAGGAGCUGAUGGAUCUCAGUGAUCUCCCCACUUCGCUUUUUGCUUGUAGUGUUCAUGAUUCUGUCUUUGAAAUGGAAGAGCAGAAGGAAAGAUUUACUGCUCUUUUCAGAAUAUAUGAUGAGCAGGUAUCAUUCCAGCUGUUCAAAAGCUUCAGGCGAGUGAGAAUUAACUUCAGCAACCCAGAAGCUGCAGCAAGGGCAAGAAUUGAACUGCAUGAAUCCGAUUUCAAUGGGAAAAAGUUAAAAUUAUACUUUGCACAGGUGCAAGUGACUAAUGAAGAGGGUGAGAAAUCUUUUCUAUUGCCACCCCAACCAACGAAGCAGUUUCUGAUAUCACCUCCUGCUUCCCCUCCAGUAGGGUGGAAACAAAGCGAGGAUCCAACUCCAGUUAUUAACUAUGAUCUGCUCUGUGCCGUUUCCAAACUCGGCCCAGGAGAGAAGUAUGAGCUCCACGCAGGAACAGAAUCCACACCCAGCGUAGUGGUUCACGUAUGCGAGAGUGAUAAUGAAGAAGAGGAGGAUGACGGAAAGGUGCCCAAACAGAAAAUAGUACAGACAAAGCGCCCUGCUCAACCUCCUGCAGUUUUAAACUAGUCCAAAUCUUUUAAUCUAUUCAAAUGUAGAAUGUUCAGAAAAUAUAUCUAUAAAGGGAAUUGUAGUUCUUACUAUUCAUACAUUGUAUAUAGCUAAAGACAAUCUAGGUAAUCAUAUCAAAAGUGGUAUAAAUGCUGUAUUUAUUUUU